CAACAAGUUUAAAUAAACAUUUCUUAAACGUCAUAAACACAGAGGGAAUUAAUAAAAUAAAAAAAUUAAUUAGGAAUAUAAUAACUAAUUAGAGAAUGGGAGACUCCAACAAAAAACCUAAAGAAAAGCAUUUUGUACUAGUACAUGGUGCAUGCCAUGGAGCAUGGUGUUGGUACAAGGUCAAGCCACUCCUCGAGGCAGCCGGACACCAUGUCACGGUGCUUGACAUGGCGGCGUCGGGCAUCAACCUUAAGAAGAUCAAUGAUCUUAAAACAAUUCACGAUUAUUCCGAGCCAUUGAUCGAGUUUAUGACGUCACUUCCUGAUGAUCAAAAGGUCAUUCUUGUUGGGCAUAGCCUUGGAGGGCUUAACUUGGCCGUUGUUAUGGAUAUGUUUCCUUACAAGAUUGAAGUAUCUAUUUUUCUUAUGGCUUUUUUGCCUGAUACUGACCAUACAUUUUCUUUUAUCUUUGAUCAAUUUUUAGGAUUUAUUCCUGAAGGAGAAAAAGAUGAUUAUUGGUUAGACACAGAAACUACGUCCAUGGGUGACCCAAAGAAGGAUCUCACAACUAUAUUAAUGGGUCCACAAUUCUUGUCAAAGCUCUAUCACUUGUCUCCUCCUCAGGAUUAUGAGCUUGCUAUGAUAUUAAGAAGGCCGUCAUCGUUCUUUCUACAUGAUCUAUGGAAGCCAGAAACAAAGUUUUCAAAGAAGAAUUAUGGAUCGGUGAGGCGAGUUUAUGUACUGUGCGAUGAAGAUCGUGCUAGUCCACAAGCUUUUCAAAGAUGGAUGAUUAAAAAUGGAGGAGUUAAAGAAGUUAAAGAGCUUAAAGGUUCUGAUCAUAUGCCUAUGUUCUCCAUUCCAAACCAGCUUUGUCAUUGUCUUCUUGAGAUUGCUAUGAAUUAAAAUUGCUGCAAAAUAAUUACGAUCAUAUUUCUAGAGCACUGAACAAGUUGUGUUAGACUUUAUAUUUAAAGAAUAAUUCUCAUAAGUACAUGUGAGCUUAUAAAUUAAUAUAUAAGAAUACUAUAAACAACUUAACAUAACUUGUUUGUUAUUUAUGGUGGCAAUAUUUAGUGUUGCAAAAUGAAGCUUAAGUUAAGCCUUUUAAAUGCAAUAUCGAUCUUACCCUUUGUGUGA